AUGUUUCCUCGGUCUUUCUUUGUCGUCUCGAAGCAUUGUGCAAUAGUGUGUCUGAAGCAAGGCUUGGAGCUCGCGGAUGCCACCAUCUCUCGUGACGAACGCUGCAUCACCGCCACUAUUAAGGACGCUAAUCACACCAUAUGCCAGAUAGCUAAUGUGUACAUGCCCGUGCACAGAGCCCAUCGCUAUGCUUUCCUGGAGGAGCUGAUGUCCAUGCCCUUCUGGUCUGAUAUGCUUGACUCCCAGUGGAUCUUGCUUGGGGAUUUCAAUAUCCAUUUGCAUGAUGCGGUCGAAGCUCGUCUCCCUAGAGUCCAACCUUUUGUUGAAUGGCUGAACACUCAUUUUUUCAACUGUUUUCCAAAAGGCACAAUGACUCUCCCUAAAGCUGGCACCACCAUUGACUAUGUCUUUGCUCCUCCUCCUAUGGCGACUCGUAUCAUCAACACUCAGACUCACCACAUUCCACCUGAGUGGACCGAUCACAGCCUCCUCACAAUCGAUCUGGUCACCUCUGGCGUCCAGUUGGGUCCUGGCAGCUGGCGUUUGAAUCCGUACUUGCUUGAGAACCGUGAAUUCCAAGCCCUUUUGGAUAAAACCGUGGAUAUGUUUUUGGCGUCUGACUAUUAUACGACAGAUGUGGCUGAUAUGGGUGUCUCUGCUCAGGAGAAGUGGGAAUCUCUCAAGUCGAUCAUCAAGUACUGUGCCAAACAGUUCACCAAAGGCCAGAAGGCUCGCUUCAAAGCUCGAGUCUCCCACCUCCAACGUGAACGGGAACAGCUACUUGGGACCCCGGAGGAGUCGGCAAGGAUCAAAAGACUGGAGCAACUGAUUGAGCAACGGAUUCAAGAUGACACUCGUCAAGCUAUGCUGCGUUCGGCUACUCGUUGGCUGGAAAUGGGAGAGCAGAACAACAAAUACUUUUUCAAUGUGAUCAAGGAUCGUGAGGCGCAACAAACCAUCCAGUCCCUGAAAAAGGCUGGCACUGGAGAGAAGCUGACAGACAUGGGCGACAUUCUCCAAGAAGCUCGUACUUUCUAUCAGGAUCUCUACACACCUGAAGACAUUGAUUUGGCUGCCGUCAACUCUCUCUUUGACAAUAUCCCUGCUGAUGCGAAGCUACAAGAAGCUGAGGCAGACCGGCUGAUUGAACCACCCUCCACAGACUCUGUCUUGCUGUUACUGGACCAUGCACCCAAGAACAAGUCUCCUGGUUUGGAUGGCCUUCCGUUUGAGGUGUAUCGCUAUUUGGCGGCGAAGUUCCCUGCUGUUCUGCUUCUCUUGCAGCAAGUGCUGACUGAUGCGCUGCGUGGUGUCUUCCCUGACUCUUGGAAAGAAACGAGGAUGGUACUGCUGUUCAAGAAGGGCGAUCCAGAGCUCCUCAAGAACUGGCGACCUCUCUCGAUGAUCAAUAGCGAUGCUAAGCUGUUCACCAAGAUGUUAGCCAACCGGUUCAAACGUGUCCUCUCCCGAUUGAUUACGCCGUACCAAACAGGCUUUAUGCCUCACCGGCUCAUCUCGGACAAUGCGUGGUUGAACCAGACGCUGAUGACCAACCUCCGUGAUGCAGCUCCUCAGGAUCCCAAUGUCGCCGUACUCUUGGAUCAAGAGAAAGCCUAUGAUCGGGUCAAUCCGACUUAUCUGGCGAUGGUUCUUCGUCAGUUUGGCUUCCCGGCAUCGUUGGUAUCCAGUGUGUCAAGUCUGUUCUUUGGUACUCGUAUCUCCUUGUCAAUCAAUGGGUGGUUGGGCGCCCCCAUCGAUCAACAACGUGGUUUACGACAGGGUGAUCCGUUGUCCCCUUUGCUGUUCAACCUGGCUUUCGAGCCGUUCCUUAGAACCAUCUUGGCCUGCCCUUCUCUUCAAGGCGUCUCAAUGUCUACCGCUGUCCGUGCUCCUCUCGCAGGGCGUAUCUCUCGUGCCUCCUCUCUCGUGCCGGUCCAAGGCGACCAUGAUCUCCUACGCGCUCCGGCGACCCCUCCACGGGUGAAGCUGUUGAGCUAUGCCGAUGAUCUGGAAGUCUUCCUGACUUCUACGGCGGAAUGGCCUGUGCUGCUGUCUCUUUUGUCGCUCUAUGGCAAAGCGUCCAACGCCAAGGUCAAUUUGGAGAAAACCGUGCUGUUGUCGCUGUCAGGCGAGGCUCAUGCUGAUUGGAAGCGAGUGACGGAAACGUCUAACAUUGAGUGGUACGACAGCUCGUCAGUUGGCUCUGUGAGGUAUCUAGGUUACCCUCUGUAUCAUACAGAGGAGCAGUUGCAGCAUUUCCUGAAUUCCGUUACCGUGAAGAUUCAACGUCAUUGCAAUCUGCUCACCAAGCGGCAGCUAUCCAUUCGUGGAAAGGGUUUAGUGGCGAAUUCCCUUCUGCUGUCUCGCUUGUGGCAUCUCCUGCGUGUGGUUGUGGUUCCUGACAAGUGGCUGGAGGAGAUACAGCGCGUGGUACGCCAGUACAUCGUCUCGUUUUGGCCUACUGUGGCUUGGGAUUCUCUCUGCCUUCCUAGGAAGCAUGGAGGUAUUGGUCUGGUUGACAUCAAGAAGCAACAUCUCGCCUUGCAUCUCAUAUAUGUCAAGCGUCUGCUUCGUCCCAGAUCCCCAGCGGAUUUCCUCACUCCCUGGCUGAUGUAUACAUUCCAUGUAUACUCAGGUCAUGCUACUGUGCUGCCUUUGCUGCUAUACCCACGUACCUGCUGGCCGCGUGUGCGGAAAUGCCCUCACUUGGAGCAUCUGGCUCGUCUACUCACUCGUUUGCCUCCCUUGACUCUCACUCCUGAGUGGCCGUCUUGGUGGCUCCUAGAUCUGCCCUGGUUACAAGUAUGCUCCCUGUCUCCCACAGCGACUUUGCCUUUGACUAGGAACAGUGACAAACUGCCACCUCAUGCCUUGAUUGCCAGCCUCUUGAGCGUGCUCCCCGACUCCCACAUCUUGGUUUGCGUGCGCCCCCGUGAUACUGCUGCAUUGCAACAUCUGUUCAAUGCCUUGUGCCCCAUCGAGGGUCCUCCUGUUUGGGUUGUCCCUGCUCCUCUCAGGUCCGUCAUGGCCUUCACCGCUCCAGAGCGAACCGCACUGCUGGAGAGUUCCACUACCCCCUCUCCACCCACGGCUAGCUUUUCGCAUUGGUUCAUCACCACUGGCCCUCGCUCAAAAGCUACAGUGGACAAGAUCACUCUCGGGGCGUUACGCCGUUCCUGGCAUCCGUCAUUUGACAUGUUGCGUCGCCCAGCCCAUCCUCCUGGCUAUCGCCCACCACAUCUCCUGCUUCCUCCUCACCUCUGGCGUGAUUUCUGGUCUCUCUGUCUCCCGCCCAAGGCAUUUACACCGUGGUGGCGUUUGCUGCAUGGACAUCUCUCGGUGCAGGUUCGCCUGCACUCCAUGAACCGUGUGAAGUAUCCUUCCCCACUGUGUAAGAUGUGUCAUGAAGCAACUGAAGAUGAAUACCAUAUGGUCAUUGGCUGCAGUAUGAAGUCCCUCUUCUGGUAUGAGUUUGUCUCUCACCUUGGUCUUGCUGAUCUGUUCCCUACGGACGAGGCCAUCUGGAUUGGGUUGACCACCCUUCACGGCCAGGACAACAAUCCUCUGGACAUUUCCAUCUUGGAACUUCUCGGCGCUGCCUUCUCAUCUAUCUGGCAACAUCAUUGGGGCUGCACAAUUGAUGGUAAAUCUUGGAUCACUCGGGCUGUUUUCUCCUCUUUUCUGGAAGAUCAUUCCAAGUUAAUUUCUUCUUUCUUAGACAUGUAA